UGGACUCUCACCCUUAAUUAUGUAAGUUAUGUUCUUUAUUUAAUCGGACCGUAAGGCGUAUGGCAGCGAGCGUACAGCAGUUCGGAUGUUGCGCUGAGUGCCAAAGACGGGUGCGGACCGUCCUCCAGGCUCCGGGCACAACGGCUCACGCGAGCUGCGUGAUACACGGGAGCGCGCGCCGCCGCGACGCGCCUUGUCACUGCUUUCCUGCCCCGCAGCUUUCGACGCGCUCUGGCACCUUUUCCCACUGUCAAACCACCGGUAAAUACAGGAAAAGCAGAAUUGAGACACACGUUUCACCACUCCGAAAGCAACUCUAGAGCCAGAGGGGGCGGAGAAGUAUGGAGAACAGCACGCUCGUCGUCAGCGUGGUGGUAACGGUGUUUUGGUGCUUCGUUGGAGGCGUUUUACCAUGGUUCAUCCCCAGAGGACCGAACAGAGGAGUCAUCGUUACCAUGCUUGUAUUAACAGCAGUGUGCUGCUAUCUUUUCUGGUUGAUUGCAGUGCUGGCACAGCUGAACCCAUUGUUUGGUCCUGCGCUGAGCAACGAUACCAUCUGGUACCUUAUUUACCACUGGCAAUAAAUUCAUGGACUCCUCAGACCACAGGUGAAAGUGAUGUGAUUUUUCCAACUAAAAGAGGAUAAUACAAAACUUACUGCUAUAAAUUUAGUAUUUUGUUACAACAUUUUUUGGUUGAGCCGAAAAUAUUUGUCUAUUGUCACAGGAGGCAGUCUUUAGUUUUGAAUGCCCUUGUACACACUAAAAAAGACCCCCCCC